UUUCUACGCUGCAUUUAAGGCGCGCCCGAAGUGUGUGAAGUACGACAUUUAUAUCGCUCCUUAAAUUUUUAUUGAGAAUUUUCAGCGUUUAAUUAAUUAAAAUGAGAGAAAUAGUGCAUAUCCAAGCUGGACAGUGCGGUAACCAAAUUGGUGCUAAGUUUUGGGAAGUAAUUUCAGAUGAGCAUGGUAUUGAUCCCACUGGUACCUAUCAUGGAGAUUCUGACUUGCAGUUGGAGCGAAUAAAUGUGUAUUAUAAUGAAGCUUCUGGAGGAAAAUAUGUUCCUCGUGCAAUUCUAUUGGAUUUGGAGCCAGGAACAAUGGAUUCCGUCAGGUCUGGUCCAUUUGGACAGCUGUUUAGGCCUGAUAAUUUCAUUUUUGGUCAAAGUGGUGCCGGUAAUAACUGGGCCAAGGGCCACUAUACAGAAGGUGCCGAAUUGGUCGACACAGUCUUAGAUGUUGUGAGAAAAGAAUCUGAAAGCUGUGACUGUUUACAAGGAUUUCAACUAGCUCAUUCCCUUGGUGGUGGAACUGGAUCUGGAAUGGGUACUCUACUUAUUUCAAAGAUUAGGGAAGAAUAUCCUGAUAGGAUAAUGAACACAUUUAGUGUUAUGCCCUCUCCUAAGGUUUCAGACACUGUUGUAGAACCAUACAAUGCCACACUUUCUGUUCAUCAGUUAGUUGAAAAUACAGAUGAAACAUUCUGUAUUGAUAAUGAAGCAUUGUACGACAUAUGCUUCAGAACAUUGAAGCUUACCACUCCUACUUACGGGGACCUCAAUCAUCUUGUCUCUGUUACAAUGUCUGGAGUAACAACCUGCCUUAGAUUCCCAGGUCAGCUGAAUGCUGAUCUCCGAAAACUUGCUGUCAACAUGGUACCAUUCCCUCGACUUCACUUUUUCAUGCCCGGUUUUGCUCCUUUGACAUCUAGGGGAAGCCAACAAUACAGAGCUUUGACUGUUCCUGAACUAACUCAACAGAUGUUUGAUGCCAAGAACAUGAUGGCUGCUUGUGAUCCUAGACAUGGACGUUACCUUACUGUUGCUACUAUAUUCAGAGGACGCAUGAGCAUGAAGGAGGUUGAUGAACAGAUGUUGAAUGUCCAGAACAAGAACAGCAGUUACUUUGUUGAAUGGAUCCCUAAUAAUGUGAAGACUGCUGUAUGUGACAUUCCACCCCGUGGACUCAAGAUGUCUGCAACUUUCAUUGGAAAUAGCACUGCCAUCCAAGAAAUCUUCAAGAGAAUCUCAGAACAAUUCACUGCCAUGUUCCGCCGUAAAGCUUUCUUGCAUUGGUAUACUGGAGAAGGUAUGGAUGAAAUGGAAUUCACAGAAGCCGAAUCUAACAUGAAUGAUUUGGUGUCUGAAUAUCAACAAUACCAAGAAGCCACUGCUGAUGAUGAAGGUGACUUCGAGGAAGAGGAAGUUGCUGGCGAAACUGCAUAAACUUUUAACAUUUGCUUUCCAGUUUUGAAAUUUGCAUAUAAUUUGUCUUCAAUCUUGUAAUGAAUAUUUUUUAUUUUUCGAAGAUUGAACAAGAACCGUAACUGUUUUGUCAUAAUUAUCAGCUGUAUGCACAUUUUGUAAGAAAAUUCUUUAAAUUGUUUUGUAAAUUUAAAACAAGCGUGAUUUCUUUACUUUGUUUAACAAAUAAAAAGUGUUUUCGGGCA